GGGCUGACUGUUUCUACGUAGGAGGAUGGAAGGAGGGAGGAGACGAGGAGAGAGAUCAGCUCCGGCGGAGUCACCGGAUGGGGGUCGGGAAGGAGAUGACAACCGCGAGGAGGAAGGGAUGGAGAAGUUCUACGCUUUGAUCGCGAACAUCAGAGCGAUCAGAGACUCCCUGAGGAGAAGCCAACGUAAGAGGCUGAGAAAGGAAGCGGCGAAGCCUGUUUGGAAGCCGAGGUUCGAGAUGGAAGACUUCAUGCAUGAGGAGGAGGAGGAGGACGAAGAGGAAGGCAGUGGUAGCUCGGCGAUCGGCGCGUCGAGACCUCCGAAGCAAAGGAGAAAGAAGGAGGAGAGGGAGGAGGAGGGAGAAGAAGGGAAGAGUCAUGGCUUAGAUCUGUGUCUUUCUCUCUGAUACCGACAACUCAGCCUCCAUUUCUCUUCAAGAGAAUAUAAUUCUCAACCCCAUUAACGUAUGAGAUAUGCCUGUUUGAUGUGUAGUUUUUGUUCUAUGGUGUCUAAUCUGUUGGCAUACGACAGAUCGCGUCGCUAUUGUUAAUGGAUUCCCAAUUGUAA